CUUGCCCUUCCUCCCGAGCGCCUCAGCUUUCACCUUCUCCGCGCAGGCAGCCUCGCUGGUUUUCCCGGCCGAGGCAGGACGCUUCCCUCCAUGUCAUGAGAUAGUCAGCAAAGUCGGUCCCGACACCCGCGUGGGCUGCUUUUACCACAGCUUGGAGUUUGUUUCCAUGAAAUAAUGCCAUGGUUGCAGGAGUGCACGCUUCUGCUUCGGCUUCUGCUUCUGCUGCAGCACUUUGUUUUCUUCCUGGCAGGCGGCCACCAAGACUUGAACUUCUCUCUCUUUGCAGGACAAGGUGCUGUGCCUCAGGCAGGGUCCGUCAUCCAUCCUGUGAGAACCAACGCUGACGGAGAGUUCCUCUCCCACUUCCUGUCCCACCACUUCAAGAAUGGCCGAGUCAGGCGAGACCUCAGCGCGGCGACGACGGCGGGGCCCGUUUACUACAUGCUCAACUACACUGGACGAGCUUUGAUGCUCAAUUUGACGCAAAACCAUCAGCUCCUUUCGAGCGACUACGUCUUGGAGACGCGUAACGGCAGCGCCGACAGGACGGAAAGUCGACGGACUCCCGCCGGGUCGUCCUGCCAUCUUCUCGGCACCGUCGAGGUCUCGGGUGUGAAGGGGACGGCGGCCGUCAGCACGUGUAAUGGACUGAGAGGCUUCUUCUCCCUACCCGAGGGCCACUUCUUCAUUGAGCCGCUCCCUAAAUCUCCAUGGGAUCCUGCAGGUUCCCCAGAGCCGCACAUCGUCUUCCCCAGGGUUGCCACGGUAACGCACAAGGAAAAACGCAGCGCCGAGGGUAGACAGACACCCAGCCCGUGUGGAGUAGCAGAUGGUGACUCUGUGCGUGUGGAGAGGGAGAGAGAGCAGUGGGAGAGGGAGCACGGCCCGACGCAGUCCCGCUCCCGGCGCUCGGUCAGCCGGGAGCGCUGGGUGGAGACCAUGGUGGUGGCCGAUUCCAAGCUCAUGGAUUAUCACGGCAGCGACAAUGUGGAGUCCUACAUCUUCACCAUCAUGAACAUGGUGGCGGGUAUCUUCCACGACGCCAGUAUCGGCAACGCCAUCCAUGUCCUCUUGGUUCGUCUGAUUCUGCUACAAGGAGAAGAGAAAGGUCUAAAGAUCGCCCACCAUGCAGACACCACUCUGUCCAGCUUCUGCGCCUGGCAGAAGAACUUAAAUCCACAGAGCGACACGCAUCCAGCCCAUCACGACGUCGCCGUGUUGGUCACCAGGAAGGACAUCUGCGCUGGAAUGAACCAACCCUGCGAGACCUUGGGCUUGUCUCACCUCUCUGGGAUGUGCCAGCCCCACCGCAGCUGCAACAUCAACGAGGAUUCCGGCUUACCCGUGGCCUUCACCAUUGCCCACGAAAUGGGUCAUAGCUUUGGAAUCCAUCACGACGGCCAAGGGAACGACUGCGAGGUGGGAGGGAGGCACCCCUUCAUCAUGUCCAGACAGCUCAUGUACGACAGCUCGCCUCUCACUUGGUCGUCCUGCUCCAAGGACUACAUCACACGCUUCCUCGAUCGCGGAUGGGGUUUCUGCCUGGACGACCGUCCUUCCAAAAGAGACCUCACCACCCCUCUGGCACGCCUUGGCGUUCGCUACACAACGCACCACCAAUGUCAGCUUCAGUACGGGCCCAACGCUACCUACUGCCACGAGGUGGAUAAUGUUUGCCAGAUUCUUUGGUGCUCUGUGAACGGCUCCUGUCGCUCCAAACUGGACUCGCCCAUUGACGGGACUCGAUGCGGGCCGGAAAAGUGGUGCAUCUCUGGAGAGUGUGUGAUUGUGGGCAAGCUGCCCGAGACGGUGAACGGAGGCUGGGGGCAAUGGACGACGUGGUCUCACUGCUCCAGGACUUGCGGCACUGGAGUCCAAUCAGCCGAAAGAGAAUGUAACAACCCAAAGCCAGAGUUCGGCGGCAAGUACUGCACGGGUGAGAGAAAGCGCUAUCGGACGUGUAACACGAGAGCCUGCCAGAAGGAUAAGCCCACCUUCAGAGAGAUGCUGUGCAGCGAGUUUGACACCGUGCCCUACCAAAACGAGCUCUACAAAUGGAUUCCUGUGGCUAACCCCUUAAACCCUUGCGAGCUCCACUGCCGGCCCGACAGCGAGUAUUUUUCGGAGAAGAUGCUCGACACGGUGACGGACGGAACGCCGUGCUUCAUGAACAACAACUCCAGAAACAUCUGCGUCAACGGAGUGUGCAAGGAGGUGGGCUGCGACUACGGCAUCGACUCAAACGCGGUCGAGGAUCGUUGCGGAGUGUGUUUGGGUGACGGCACAAGCUGCAAGACGGUCUACAAGUCGUUUGAGGAGGGAGAGGGCUUCGGGUACGUGGACGUGGGGGUGAUACCUGAGGGGGCCCGGGACAUCCUGGUGAAGGAAACUGAGGAGGCAGGUAAUUUCCUGGCGCUGAGGAGACAAGGCUCGGAGGACUACUUUCUCAACGGCAACUACAUCAUCCAGUGGAACGGGGAGUACCAGGCUGGUGGGACCACCUUCUACUACCAACGUAGGGGGAACAUGGAGAACCUCACCGCGCCUGGACCCACCAAAGAGCCAGUCGUGCUGCAGUUGUUGUUUCAGGAGAAGAACCCUGGCCUCCAGUACGAGUACACUAUUAGGAAGAGCAAAGAGACAGGAAAUGAGGUCAUCGAACCCAUUUACAGGUGGAGACAUGGUGCAUGGACAGACUGCAGCACCACCUGUGGACAAGGUGAACAGCAGCAGCCCAUCCGCUGCUUCGAGACGGACGUCGGCGUCGUAGACGAGUCUCUGUGCGACCCAGAGGUCCGUCCGCAAGACAGACACCGCAAGUGUAAGAACAUGGAUUGCCCCGCCAGGUGGUGGGUGGGAGGCUGGCAGCAGUGCUCGGCCGCCUGCGGAUCGGAAGGUUCGCGGAAGCGUACCGUGCUCUGCGUCCGCACCGUUUCCGGUGAGGAGAGGGUGCUCCAUCCCGUGGAGUGCAAGCAGCUGCUUAAACCUAAACCCGUCGUGCCGUGCAAUCGAGACAUACCCUGCGGACAAGACUGGCUCGUUGGACUCUGGGAAGAAUGUCCGGUGACAUGCGGAGGAGGCGUCCGAUCCCGCAAUGUGACAUGUGCGUUAGCGCCCCAAAACACCUGCGACCUCGCGACCAAGCCUCGCACCAGAUCGCUGUGCGCUCUACAGAGCUGCCCCAGUUCGAGUCUUCGGCGACAACCCGGAUCUCCUCCAAAAUACCGCCGCAUUUACCCACCAAAGAGCACCCCCUCCAAGCCUUCCUCCUCCACCACCACCGGCGCUCCCACGAGCACCUCCGCCACACCUACGACUACGACCGCAUCACUCACCUCUAAAAUCCCCUUCCUUGAUCAUUACGUUGUGGAGAAGACUAACAAAAGAGGGGAAAGUCCAAGAGUAGCAAAGAUAGAACCAGAGGAGAGCUUGGACAGCGAGGACGGAAGCACACCCGAUGCGGUGAUGAGCGUUCCGGGUUAUGACUACAUCGUACAAGAGAGGACAUCGGUGGAGCAGGAGGACGAGGAGGGGAUCGUUGACCUGGACGUCAGUACCACUUGGUUCCCAAAUCCUCUUCAAUCAACCACGGCGAUGCCGCGUGUCGUAAUUGCAGCCGCUUUACAAACAAGUAGUCCUGGCCCGCAGCCAACCACAGAAGCCGCCACAUCCUCCUCCUUCAGCCCACACGCUACUGCCGAGAUCAGUCGCCACGGCACCCCAUUUGCCCUUGGUCUAACUACAGCCACGUUAAAGUCACGUUGGGUUCCGCCCAAAAGCAGCCUCCGCACAACGCACGCGCCGCUCAGCACCACGAUAAAGAUGAUUAAAACAAAGAAGCCUGCUGUCACCCCCGAGAAGAACGCCACUGCCAAAACAAACUCAACCCGGUCCAGAGGUAACCGCUCCAGGAACCAGGAUCAGCCACCUCCCCAGCGCACUCAGGGUCCAAGAGAGCUGGGUGUGUUUUGGCUCGCAGGAAACUGGAGCGAGUGCUCAACCACAUGUGGAAUUGGCGCAAUAUGGCGAAAGGUGACGUGCAGUUCCCAGAAGGACGAGGACUGCGCCGGCACCAAGAAACCCGAGCCCGCUCGCACUUGCCGUCUCCAGCCGUGUGCCAUCUGGCAAAGCGGUAGCUGGAGCAAGUGUCCGGAGAAAUGCGCGGUGGUAGGAAAGCGCUACCGGGAUGUCCAGUGUGUGGAUUCCCAGAAUCACCGUCCUCUCAGGCCGUUCCACUGUCAGGCGCUGUCCGGCAAACCUGUCAGUACUUUGACUUGCCCCCUCAAGACCUGCGUGGACUGGAACGUGUCACCGUGGGGACCCUGCUCCGGGAGCUGCGGCAAGGGAAUGCGAGAGCGUUUGGUGUACUGUCCGGUUCCUCAAGGUUGCGGUCCGACACCCAGGCCAAACAGCACCGAGUCGUGCGGCACUUGCGCCGAGUGGAGGGCAGAAGAGUGGGAGCAGUGCUCGGUGAGCUGCGGAGGAGGUCAGCAGCGGCGUGACGUCAUCUGCGUAAAUGCCCAGGACUCUGCUAUCAUGCCAGACGGCCUGUGCGAGAAGAUGUCCAAACCGGAAGCGCUCAGGAAGUGCAACACGCAGCAAUGUCGGCCCACCACAGGCCCAGUGUGCAGGAAGAACACAAUGUCGUCUCGCUUUUGCGACAAACUGAAGCUGUUGGGCCGAUGCUCUCUCAGGUCGGUGCAGAGACAGUGUUGUAGCACCUGCGGCUCAUAGACAGACGGGCAGAGGGGCGGGCGCGUCCUUUCUCGUCAGGCAGGCGGGCGGGCGGGCGGACUACGCAAUUUCAACGUCUAGGAGCAGAAUGUACAUAAUGACAUUUGACCUCUUUUACAUUGUUAAUACAUAACACGCUUGUUUAGUACUCAUUGCGCUUUUCAUGAUUGCGUUGGCACUGUGUGUAGGGGAAAAAGUUUCAAUUGUACUUCUGUUAAGUUGAACUGUGGUGCUUCUUUGGUGUGAAAGUGAGCAAAGAGGCGUUGCAGGUCAUCCCUCUCAGGUCCCUCAAAGGAUGCCUACUGUCUUUUGUAUGAUCUUGUACAUAGCAAUGUCAGGCAUGUGCUUCCACGGCAAUAAAUGUGACCAGUAAAGACACUG